GAGAAACGGCGAGUGGAAAAGGAAGCGUUGCGGAGCAUGCAAUAGCUGGCUGGCGCGUCAGUUGUCCGAACGAAAGGAGAGAAACGAUCGAUGGGUCCCGUCGAAGCAGGCAGGCGUUCGAGUCGAGGCGACAGAGUCAUCCUUAACGCAUGAAGAAGAACAAGAGGACCACUGUGCUUUCGGAUGUCAGGCAGCAAUGUCACGACGGUGGUCCGUCUAGCUGUUUGUUUCUGGUCGGCUGCUUCUGAUCUCGCGUGGUGCGACCCACCCCGGCCAUUCAAGUUUGAGGAUCAGUUUCACGCAUAAGUCGCGAGUAGGUUCAAAAGAGGGAGGUGCAGUGGUUGCCUUUCUUGGUCAUCGGUCGCUGAUUUGUGCUUCCGUUAAGAUGAUCGGUAUCAUCUUCGGAUAUCAUAAGCUUCCCUGCAAUCUGAAUCUACAGACGGAUUCAGCCCCAAAGUUCAGAUUCGCUGUGAAAGCUGGUUUGGUGUUUAAAAAUCCACCUUUGUUUCCGGAACUAAAGGAAAGGUACGCAUUCUUUGCCCUUCACAAUGGGGACUAUAAGUAGCGUCGCCAGGGGAGGUGGAGAGGAAGGGCAGGGAGGGAGCUGUCAUUCUCAGGGAGAGGCAGAGGAUUUGAUGGGGCAGGGCCCUCCCCGGAGUCCCAGUGGCGCGGCCCGCUUACCUCUGCUCUUCACUCCUCAGAUUCCCGUGCCCCCGUUGCAGGGACGAGAGGAGAUGCAUUCACCAAGUGACUCACGGAUGCCAAACUCCAUUACGUAUGAGGAUGUCCUCGAUGACCAAGGGAUUCCAACGAUGAUCACCUGGAUCCAUGGUGGCAUGGAAGUCUUCGUGGAAGGAUCCUGGGAUAACUGGAAGACAAAGAAAUCCUUGCAAAGAUCAGGCAAGGAUUUUACAGUCAUGAUGGUGCUUCCUUCAGGUUUCUACCGAUACAGAUUCAUAGUUGAUGGAGAAUGGCGAUAUGCCUCUGAUGUCCCAUGGAUGAAUGAUGAUAUGGGGAAUGGCCACAACAUUUUGGACUUGAAGGCAUUUGUUCCCGAGGAUUUGAGAGGUGUUGCUGGGUUGGAAAUGCCUCGAUCCCCGGAGUCGAGCUACAACAACUGGCCGCUUGGUUCAGAGGACUACAGCAAAGAACCACCACUCGUACCUCCACAGUUACACCUCACCCUCCUUAAUUCACCGGCCACCGUGGACUGCACCGCCUCUCUCACGAAGCCUCCCCACGUGGCACUAAAUCAUCUCUACAUUCAGAAAGAAAAGAGUGGUCAGCCUGUCGUGGCACUCGGGAAAACUCAUAGGUUUAAUUCCAAGUUUGUCACCGUGAUUCUCUACAGGUCCUUGGCAAGGUAAAAUGUACAGAACGUACCUGCUGGUACAGUGUGUGACGGUCAAAACCAUGUGCUUGGAGUCGAGGUAACUCGAUCUAUGAUCAGUGAAACUGUGAUGUUAUGUUGAGGACCUCCAAAACCGAUGAAGGGCGUCGUCAUCUUCAAGGUCCUGUAAUCAAGAAGCGAGCACUUGCUACUUGCUGCAGUGCUUCUUUGUGCUAGAAGAAGGAACAAAAAAAGAGCUGAGGUCUCUUUCCCGUUCUUUUGACAGGUUGACGGCACUCGCUUUUUGGAGGAAUAAUUACAUGGGAGUUUGAGAUCUGCUUGGGUUGAUAA